AGAAGUUCUCCCUGAAGUUCACGGCUUGGUUUCCAGAGUGUGUCCACCAGGGGGCACAGCCCGAGGGAGGCUCAAUCCGAACCAUCCACUCCGCUUCUGCUCGUACCAUGAGCUGAAUCUGUCCGGGACAGACCAGGGAAGAUGGCGGCCACUGACCAUUCCCGGUCCGAAGCUGCCAAACAGCGACGGCAGGAUCAGCUGCAGCGAUGGCUGGGCUCGGAGACGGACCAGACGGGCUCGGAGGCCCGGGAUACUUUGGGCGGCUCAGGGGCGCGGCGAGCGAAAGUCCGGUUCGCCCAGGGAGCCGUGUUUAUGGCCGCCUGCUCAGCCGGAGACCGGGAGGAGGUGGCAGCGCUGCUCCGGCAGGGAGCUGACAUUAACCACGCCAACAUAGACGGGCUGACAGCGCUGCAUCAGGCCUGCAUCGAUGAAAAUGCUGAGAUGGUGCAGUUUCUAGUGGAGAGCGGGAGUGAUGUCAACAGAGGGGACAACGAGGGCUGGACUCCUUUACAUGCUGCAGCUUCCUGCGGUUUCAUCCAGAUUGCUAAGUACCUGAUAGAGCACGGCGCUCAUGUAGGGGCAGUUAACAGUGAAGGAGAGCUUCCUCUGGACGUGGCCACAGAAGAUGCCAUGGAGAGACUUCUCAAAGGGGAAAUCAAAAAACAAGGAAUAGAUGUGGACAAGGCCAGAAAGGAGGAGGAGAGGAUCAUGCUCCAGGACGCUGAGGCAGUGCUGGCAGGAGGUGGCACACUCACACCUCACCCGAACACCAAGGCAACCGCUCUGCACGUUGCUGCUGCCAAAGGCUACAUAGAAGUUCUGAAGGUGCUGCUGCAGUGUGUAGUAGAUGUGGACAGCACAGACACAGAUGGGUGGACGCCCCUGCAUGCGGCAGCUCACUGGGGACAGGAGGAGGUGUGCAGCCUUCUUGCUGACAACAUGUGUGACAUGGGUGCUGUUAACAAUGUGGGCCAAACCCCUCUAGAUGUUGCAGACGAGAACCUGGUGGACUCUCUGGAGGAGCUGCAGAAGAAACAGAAUGCUUUACGCAGCGAGAAAGAGAAACAGACUCCUGUUAUUGAGACCAGCCCGCAGAUAUCCAUGGUACCAGUUCGCCCACGCAGGACUUCUAUCUCUCGUAUGAGCAGUAAGGAGAAGAUCUGCCUCCAUGAGCGAGAGAAGCACCCACCUCCCGCCCUGCCGAGCAGCCCAGCUGAAGAAGAGGAGGAGGAAGGCCAGGCGGGACAGACACAGAACCAGGGGAAGGCCUCCAGCAGCUCCAGCUCAGAGGAGGAGAGCGAAUCAGAGAGCGACGCAGAGUCUGAAAAGGCAAAAAACAGAGAGAUCAUAAACAACUUGAACAACAAACGCAACACAAGCAGCCUGCUUUCUACCUCCAUGUCAACAAGUACUCCUGCCAGCCAAGUGAAAAAGCAGGACCAGAGCAAGCCUCCAGCCACAGAAGCCCCCGCUCCGGGCUCCUGGAGAACUUCUCUGAGGAAAGCAGGCAGCUCAGUGACUCUAGGCUCAGCUGGUCUGUCCGAUUCUACCCAAGACACCAGCAGACCUGCAGAAUCGGUCCUGGGCAUGACCCGCUCUGCCUCCAGUCCCCGCCUCAGCUCUGAAACCGACACUAAGGAGCCCAGGCUCGCUCGGGUGCCACCCAUCCCGACACGGAGGCUCUUCAGUAUACCAGACAGCAGCCCUGACAACUCUAACAGCUGGCUGAGCCGUAGCUCCUCUUACACCCGGCGCCUCCAUAGUCAAUCAGGGAAUGAUCUCACUAGUUCCACCCCCUCUUUGCUUCACAGCUCAUCCUAUGGAAGGAGACUGGAUGACCCUACUGCAACCUCAGCCAGCACAGGGACAAGCUCUGCCGGACUCGGCCGCCUGAACAGUGUCAUAGCCCAGAGAAUGCCUCAGGAACAGGUGGAGAAGAAGAAUCAGUUUGCUGUAACCACCUCCACCACGGGGGAUCAGGAGACCAAGCAGAGGCGCAAGUCAUAUCUGACACCAGUGCGUGAUGAGGAAGCGGAGGCACAGAGGAAGGCUCGCUCACGACAUGCACGGCAAUCCCGCCGCUCCACCCAGGGGGUGACGCUAACAGACCUGCAGGAGGCUGAGAAAACAAUGAAGACCGACAACAAAGGAAGAGAGAAGAAGGAGGAGGAGGAGAGGGAGAAAGAGAAGGAGGCAAAAUCGAAGAAGGGAGAGGAAGGGGAAAUGAGCUGGAGGAGUCGCAUCGCCAGUCUGCAGAAGUCGGACCUGCUGGGCCUCACACAGCCCACUGGCACUGCACGGCCUCAGACGUCUGAAAGGAGAGAUCUAGAGGCCAGCACUGGGGAGAGUGAGACAGAGCGAUGGGCGAGAGAACGCAGGGAGAGGAGGCAAGCUCGAGCCAGAAGAAAGGCUCAAAGGACCGGGGAGAGUGAUGACAAUGAUCCCAGUGGAGAAGAAGAGUUCUCAGGCACUGUCCUGGAUCAACAGACAGACCAUCACCUGAGUUCCAGGUUGGAUCUAUCCCAUAAUGACUGUUCCCUGGGAGGAAGCUCCGACCCCAAGGAUUUUAAGAAGUUAUUCGAAGAGGUGUCCAGAGAAAACAGUCAGCUCCAGUCUCAGCUGCAGGACACCCAGAGGAUUGUCAGUCAGACCAGGUUGGAUCUGGAGAAGGCCGCACAGCGACAGGAGCGCUUCACUGACUGCUCCGCCUUGUUAGAGCUGGAGAGAAAGGACCGGAGGAUGUUGGAGCGGCGAAUGGCAGAGCUGGAGGAGGAGCUAAAGGUUCUGGUUGACCUGAGAGCAGACAACCAGCGUCUUAAAGAUGAAAAUGGAGCACUGAUCCGUGUCAUCAGCAAACUCUCCAAAUAGACUGUGAGAGCGAAAGACACCAAGAGCAGGGAACCACCCCCUCCCUCUAUACACCCACCCAUCCAUCCAACCAUCCCUCCAUCCUACCACACAUUCCUCCGAGUGCCAAAGAGCAAGAGAGGGGGGAGAGACGCAGCAGACUGUCCUACACGUACAUGAGCACAACAGCUUGACUUGGAUUGUGACGCCUCUCUGUGAACAGUUGGAGAGGCUUUUGUGUGCCUUAUUGCCCACUUUGUCACAGGAAGACCUAUUGCAUGAAUGUCUGUGACAUUUGGUCAGAGGCUCCAACAGCAGCAAUAUGAAACCUGACAACAGCCAGCCUGCUACCAUGGCUGGUGUAGCACACAAACCAACAUCUAUGAACUUCGACUGUGCAUCAGGGGGACACCAAACAUGCACACACAUUCCCAUUGCGUGCAUCACACACUUCCUCGAUGCACAUUCCACGAGCACACGAGGCAGCUUGGGCCUUAAAGCUCCCACUUUACAUAGUAUUUAUUGUAUUUGAAUACACUCUCGUCACAUAAUUCACAAAUUUAACCCCACGCACAGUUAAAAUCCUAUUUGUCGUCAAGAAGCUUUUUGGUGAAGAUCUGUCAAAAGAGCAAGCCACUUCAGGCUCUGACUUUACGUUCAACAACGUCCAGACGACAGGGGAAGUCCAUGAAGCUGUUGGGUUGUUUUGUUUCCACAUGCAAGUGUUUGAACCCACCUACCUCUCCACCUAUGCACCUCCCCCACAUUUAUAUUUUUGUGACAACAGACACACUCCAUGCUCUUAAAGAAAAAAAAAGAAUCAUGACCACAGAACCAGGUCAGUCGACCACAGCACUUUACUCUUUGCAAAGCAAUAAAAAGAUCUGCAAGGCUUUGUCCAUCCUCCAGACGAACUUACUUCUCACUCCGUAAGAGGAGGGAGAAGUUACCAAUAGCUAAAGGUCAUUGCACAGUUAUAGAAGUUGCUGUUCUCUCGAAGCCUAUCAUGCUAUGAAUGGUUUUAAUUAAUACCAUGGAUAAAGAUUUUUUUUUCAUAGUUUUUCAUUAUCAAUUCCUCUCUUGCAAGGGAGCAUGGUUAUGUGUAUUAUAUUUGUAUAAAUAUUAGUCUUGAAUAAUACCCUUUUUGAAGUUCAAUUCCACGUAGCCUUUCUUCACAUGUUGGUUUUCUAAUAUAUUGAAUGGAUGUCUGCACCCUAAUAAAAAAAGUGUUUGUAGCGACUGUA